GAGAAUUCCCCGCAAGCAGCCACCGCUUCGAGGCAUAACCUUGGAUGCUUUUGGGCGGCAGUGCAUGUUUCAAUUCUUCCUGCAGGAUCGCAGGAUCCCGGACCCUGCCGUCGACUUGACGCCUACAGGUACCAUUGGAUGGGGCCUGUCGCUCUUGUCUUUCUUUCAUUUCCUCCACAACAGCCGACGAACGACUUCUAAAUCGUCCCUUUGACGGCGCAUUCCAGCCUUGCAUACUUUCACUGCAGUCUUUCUCUCCCCUCGCCCUCUCUUCGCGUCUUGUCGCUCCCUUACUUCCACUGCAGAUUCUUCGAUUCGAUGGUUGCCUCCCCGCCGGUAUUCGGAUUAAUUGUCUUUCUUUUGGCGUCAUGAUACUGCCAACUUGGCUUCGGACGGUGCUCCUGACCGUUUUCCUUGUGGGACAGGGAGCAGUCACGGCACUGGAAUUUGAUAUUAAUGAUGAAACAUCCAUCAAGAAUGCGGCCGCGACAGCGGCUUACAACAUGAUGAGUUACUACCACGGAAAUGAGUCAGGUCAGAUACCUGGAAAGUUGGAAGACACUUGGUGGGAAGGUGGUGCUAUGUUCAUGACCCUUAUCCAGUACUGGUACUGGACCGGCGACACCUCUUACAACGAUGUUACCACGCAGGGUAUGCUUUGGCAGAAAGGCAACAACGAUUUUUUCCCAUCAAACGACAGCAAAGACCUGGGUAACGAUGACCAAGUCUUUUGGGGUCUGGCAGCCAUGACCGCAGCGGAAUUGAACUUCACCGAACAAAAAGACCAGCCAUCCUGGUUGUCUCUCGCACAGGGUGUCUUCAACACACAAGUGCCACGCUGGGAUGACCAGAACUGUGGUGGUGGCUUGCGCUGGCAGAUUUAUCCUUACCAGAAGGGUUACACGACCAAGAACGCCAUAUCCAAUGGCGGGUUAUUCCAGCUGGCAGCCCGCUUGGCCUUCUAUACCACCGACCAAAAAUAUGCGGACUGGGCGGAGAAGAUCUGGGACUGGAGCGGCAAAACACCGUUGCUCCGGGAGGAUGACUGGACAAUCGCGGAUACGACAACGAUUGAGGCCCAAUGCAAAGACCACGGGGACCUGCAAUGGACGUAUAACUAUGGCACGUAUCUCAGCGGUGCCGCAUAUAUGUAUAACUUUACCAAAGGUGACGAUAAAUGGAAGAAAGGUCUUGAUGGCCUGAUGAAGACUACCUUCUCCACGUUCUUCCCCCAAGAGUUCGGUGGCGACGUCAUGUCUGAGAUUUCCUGCGAGCCGAAUAUGAGUUGCGAUCGAAACCAGGACUGCUUCAAGGGCUUUUUGUCCUCUUGGCUGACAUUUAUCACCACUGUUGCCCCAUACACGGCCGACGAGAUCAUCCCUAAGAUCCAACAGUCGGGGAUAGCAGCAGCAAAGCAGUGCUCAGGGGAAAACAAGAACAAUUGUGGGAGGCGGUGGCAUCAAUCCACUUUUGAUGGAGCGGCAUCAUUGGAAUCAGAUAUGAGUGCCCUCAGCAUAUUCUCAAGCAAUAUGAUUGCCCACCAGGAUGGAAGCUCAAGAAAGCCGGGACCUCUGACUUCUGACACGGGUGGUACUAGUAAGGGCGAUCCUAAUGCUGGGCUCUCUACGAAUCAGCCCGUGCCGCUGAAACCAAUAACUACUGGAGAUCGUGCUGGUGCUGGAAUUCUGACAGUCCUCUUGGUCUCCUUCUGGGGCGCGUCCGUGGCUUGGAUGGUUUUCGGAACAUAAAACGUUGUCCGGUGAAGGAUGAUGCAGACUAGAAAGUCAAAGAUACCCAGAGUUUAUGAGAUACCCACCAUGGUGACCGUACAUAGCGAAGGGAAGGUUAUACUCUCACCCGAGGAUGACGACCAGGUGGGGACAUCCAUUGCGUAUCAAGUCUACGCAGCGAUCAGUUGCCAUUUGUUGUCUUGUACAGAGUCCUGUACUACUAUUCCCCCUUUCCAGUCUUACUCUUUCACUUCUCAUGUUUAUGUGGUGCGGUAUACUAUCUACGACUGAUAUUUUCGACGUUUACUGUGCUCUGCACAUGGGUGUUAUAGGAGGGUUUAUUCAAUUCUUGGGGGCUGAGGCGUUUUGGAGCGGAAUACCUGGCUGAUUGUUAUUAUUAUUAUGUAUGAGCUUAUUUAAACAAACUAUCUCGUUGCUAUCCCACCAUAUUCAAAAUACAU